CAAUAAAUUAUGCAUAAAGGUAGGAGCAGGGGAAUCAUAGGUUAGUCGAACGUCGGACGUUGACUUGACAAGACAUACCCCGCUGCGGAAGUCCCCGAGUACGACCGACAGAUUGCGAAAGCCUUCACAAACAACAACCGUCGACCCUUCCUACAGAAACUUCUGCGUGCCGUAAUUUAUCACUUCAGGGGGCCAACACACGCGCAACAACGGACAACCCCACAGGACCGGGGGGUGCUUCUCGUGUCUCGGGAGGAAGGUCAGGGUCCCAAAGUAAAACUGUGGCUGUAGAGAAAAUCUUUCCACGAGCUGCUUAAAACUACCUAUACUGCCACAAAAAAAAGCCUUGCAAAAAACAAAAACAAAAAAAAAAGUCAAAAAGAAACACAAACAAACAAAAAAAAAACAAAACAAAACAAGCUGCGUGUCAGAUCGGGAAUAUUUCCAAACCGAGACUAAAAAGUUCGAUGCCUUCCAGGGACGAUAAUCGCUCCCUAUCCACUGAGCGACGCUGGAUCCCUCCUUCAACUGUUAGACGCGAUGCGCUCACCCCAGAGAGCAGAAAUGAUUUCAUCUUCCGUAGAGUACGGGGUAUUCUUAACAAGCUCACACCGGAAAAGUUCGCGAAGCUGAGCCACGAUCUGCUCAAAGUCGAUCUCAACUCCGAUGUGAUUCUCAAAGGUGUCAUUUUAUUGAUCUUUGAUAAAGCACUCGAUGAGCCCAAGUACAGUUCUAUGUACGCACAGCUGUGCAAGCGGCUGUCCGACGAAGCACCAAACUUUGAAUCGCAAAAACCCACCGUCGAUGGUCAAAAAGCUCAAAGCACAUUCACAUUAUUGUUGCUCAACAAGUGCAAGGUCGAAUUUGAGAACCGUUCAAAGGCAAACGAGGCGUUUGAGAAUCAAGAUGAGCUCGGUCCGGAGGAGGAGGAGAGACGCCAAUUGGCUAAGAGGAAAAUGCUCGGAAACAUCAAAUUCAUCGGAGAAUUGGGCAAGCUCGAGAUCGUGUCGGAGAAUAUCUUACAUCUUUGCAUCCAGCAAUUAUUGUCGGAGAAAAGGCGAAGGGGAUCCAGGGGGGACAUGGCCGAAGACAUCGAGUGCCUCUGUCAGAUUAUGCGGACAUGCGGUCGUAUCCUUGACUCGGAUAAGGGCCGCCGUCUCAUGGAUCAGUACUUCAACCGUAUGAGCUCACUGGCAGAGAGCAGCGAACUUCCCCUGCGCAUCCGUUUUAUGCUACGCGACGUUAUCGAAUUGCGUCGAGACGGCUGGGUACCCCGUAAGGCCACCAGCAACGAGGGCCCGAUGCCGAUAAAUCAGAUCCGCAACGACCACGACGAUUCCUCAAGGGGUGGAAGUGGUGGCGGAGGAGGUGGCGGAGGUGGAGGUGGCGGUGGCGUUGGCGUUGGACCCGGUGUCGGUUUCCACAAUAGACGAGGCGAGGAUCGUCUCGGUACUGAUUUCCUUAGGAAAAUGGGACGUCUCGACAUGGACAUGGUCGGGAGUAUACCUCUUACAUCUCCCUCAUUUGGCAUAACAUCGCCCUUCGGUUCCAAUGGCUUCAACGCAAAUCCCGGUGGCUAUCGUCACAAUCAGCGCAAUGCACCCGGUUACUAUCCCAAUCAGAACCGUCACCAAAACAAUUAUCAGGGAAAACACAAUCCACAACAGCAUAAUUCCCCUCAAAACUACAACAACAAUGGCAAUAAAGAACCACUACGAUUCAACAAGAGCAAAAUGCUGAUUGGACAUCUCGAGGAAGUAUCUCUAAGACCAUCGGCAACGUCGAUGUUUAACAAAGCUAACAUCAAGCCCAAUCUACCUCUUAACAGUGACAUGUUUCCAGGACGUAUAGCCGAAACACCGAUGCUUCGUACGGCAACAAUAAAACCAAGUCCGCCUUUGUUGCCCAAAGAAUCAGCUCCGGCAAUAGUAAUAAAACAAGGACCCGUGGACAAGAGAGACAAAGCUAGAGACAGAAAGGACAAGGGACCGACACGCGAGGAAGUAUUAAAGAAAGUCAACGCUUUGAUGGACGAUUUCGUAUCGCACAGCAACGUAGAGGACGCUAUAACGGCAUUCAAGGAGUUGAAGAUACCGGAGCGUUUCUUGCGUCACGCAGUAUAUACGAUUUAUACAAAUACAUUGGAUCGCGGAGAUGGCGAGCGUGAGCUCGCUUCGAACUUUGUGAUGGAUUUGAAAAAGGAAAAUAUUAUAACCGGGCAACAAUUGACCGAGGGUUGGAAAGAGCUCGUCGCGAGUAUCGCCGAUAAAGAUAGUACGGUGCCUUGUAUCGCGUCCCACGUGGCUUCCUUCACGGCCAAGGCAAUAGUUAAUAAUCUCAUGCAGCUACAGGAUCUUGCUGCCAUCACCGAAAACGGUCAGCAUCAUCCGCUGUUUCUUUUAACACUACAGCAACUGCACAAGAGCCAGGGCAAAGCCAGACUAACGCAAAUAUUCAACGAGAGCAAAAUCAAUCUCAUGAGCCAACUGCCCGAACCGGAAAAAACUAAAGAGAGACUCGGCGAGAUACUCGAAGAUCGGGAAUUAACUUUCCUCUACCCUCUCUUGAGGAUCCAGGGCGAUAUGUGGCGACAACUGGAAUCCGAUCCCAGUCCCAAAGCUCUCAGAGCGUGGAUCAAAGACAAUCUUGACCCCGCACAUUAUUCCGACCCUGGUUUCAUCAACGCUCUCAUGACUGUGCUUCUCAAAUACAUUACUCAGGAAACAACGUUGGCGCCUGGUGUAGAUCCGACCGUAAUGCCGGACAAAGCUCUCAUGGAGAAGGAAGCCAUGCUUUUCCGUAAAUACGAGCGUCUCUUAAGUUCGUUCCUGACAACAAUUGACUCGCAAGUCACUGCCGUGCACGCGCUACAAGUCUUUUGGUAUUCGCACAACGUACCGAAAGGCAUGAUGCUGCGAUGGUUCGCAGCUCUUUACCAACGAUCAGUCGUCGAAGAGGCGGCAUUAACUAAAUGGAGGGAGGACGUGAACGAUGCUUAUCCUGGCAAAGGCAGCGCCUUGUUCGAAGUAAACAAAUGGUUGACGGCUCUCGAAGCUGCGUCGUCAGAGGAUGAGGAGGACGAAGAAGACAACUAAAUUGAAUAGAAGGUUUCCCCCGUGUGGGGGGGACAGAAGACAGAUGCUCGUCCCACGACGAUCAAUAUUAUUUUGGGACCGAGUUAUCUCGCUGACCCUCACCUCACACUUAUCCCAAAAUCUUAGCCCUAUCCCCCUUUCUCCUAUCAUUGUGCUGAUCCGACGGUUUCAAUUCUAUCAGUAGCGUUGUCUCCGAUCCGAUUGUAACUGAAAGAACAUCUUGUGUGUGAGUCAAGGAGAAACACGAAUUUUCUCAAAGGCUUGCCCGCUUGUCAACAUAAAAAAGCGAUUCGACAUGCGCUCAUAAAUUACUCCAGCAAAGUUGAAUUCACUCCUAGCAGCAUUAUGACCUAUAGCGACCCGCGAAACAAUAACACAAAAAACAAAGAACAAAUUAGCUGCGAGAAGGGAAACAUAAACGAAGCAACAAACAAAACAAUCCAACUAACGAGAAAUUUGAAGGAACAUAUGAUAAAAAAACAAACAAACAAGCAAGAACGACAAUGCUAAUUUCAAUGAAAGAGUUUAAUCACGAGGGAAGAAGCGAUUUAAACGGAAAAUAGAAAAUCAAUCAAAAGGACUCCACGAGUGGCGCGCGAUCGUGAACGCGCGACAGAUAACGCAAACCGAAAACUUUUUAAUGUUUUAGAUAAUUGAAUAUUAAUAUGAUUUAUAAGGGGGGAGGGGGGGAAAUAUUCAUACAAGAAUAAAAAAAAAAACGAAGAGGAGGAGGAGAAUGAGGAGGAAAAAGAUGAAGAAAGCAAUUGGCCCCAUGUGGAAGAUAUCAAGAUAUAGGCCAACGUAUGAUAAUUGGUGCGGAGAAAAUCGAAAAAAAAAGAACAAACGAAACAAAAUUAGUUUGGUGAUUUGUGUUGUCCAAGAGUUUUUUUUUGUCUAGUAUUGUGCAUGUGUCACGUUUUGUAAGUCCUUUUUGUCCGCGGCUGCCAUCGAGAGUCGCUUGUUAUCUCUGUGUACCAGCUUUUACAUUUAUUAUGAGGAAAACUAUUAUUAUUAAUGAUGAUUUUUGAUUCUUAUUAUUAUUAAUAUUAAUAUUAUUAUUAUUACUAUUAUAUCACGAUAACAUGAGAACGAAAUACAUUUACCUUUCUAACGAAAGAUAAAGGAGAGAAAACAAAGAAAACAAGAAAAUAAGAGCACAGAGAGACACGGGAGAAGAAAUCGAGCUCGCAACGAAUAAUACGUAUUUAAUAAUAUAUCGCGAGUUUCAUCGACUCAUUGAUCAAUUGUCACACGAAAGUGAAUAGCUGGAUGAAUCGUUGAGAGUAAACGAAAUGAAAUAAUUACACUACACAAUUAAAGUCACCUAGACACAUCGAGUGUGGGUAGAAAAUGUGAAAAAAAGUAAAGAAACUCGUACGACAGCGUAAGUGAGAAGAGAAAAAAAAUGGAAAAAUCGACACCUACGUAUAUCAUUAUUCAAAAACAUAAAAUAUAUUUAAACUCUGCGCCAAUCAUCUUUCUAUUUCUCACUCUCUCUCUCUCUCUCUCUCUCCCUUUCUCUUUCUUACUCUUUAUUUCAAGUUAGAACAAUUAAUUUGCAGUUAUAACAAGCAGCGCAAGCAGCCAACAUCACAUUCACAUAACGUAAUACAGACAUAGACAAAAAAAAGAAGUAAAACAACAACAUAUUUAGUGACACAAACUAAAUCAUAAACAGAAGAAAAAUUAAUAAUAAACGUAUGCCUUGGUGUAAUUUAUUACUGAGACAUGGGGGGACCCAUUGAUUGUUCCGUCAUGGACCAAAUCGUCUCCUCGUCCUUCGAUCAUUUUCCUCAUUUUUUAAAUUAUUUAUCCAAUUUCUUGUUACCCAAUCCCCCCACCCUCCUGGGUUAGCUUCCAUAGAGAGAAUCUCAACACGUGAACGUAGCAAUUUUCAAGAUUUCCGUGUUCAUACGCUACAGCCCCGCUGCUGCGAAAUUCUCUCCGUGUCCAUAUUUUUGCCUACAUUACUACGUAUGAAAUUUUUUUUGUUUUUUUUUUUUUUUUUAGCGAGGAAAUAAAAGAGAAAACAGAAAUUCUACAUCUUAAACUUCAGACCGGCUAAUCGAUGCAAUUAUAUCGAGCCCAUAUAAAGAUUUAGUGCAAUAAUUGAAUUCUGCGUUUGACAAGCAGGUUAAACACGAAGAAAUAACGUUUGUUUAGUGUUCCGUACUCCUUUUCUCUUCCAUUCCUAUCUACUCACUCUACUAAUUCUCAUAUAUAUAUAUAUAUACGAUUAUAGUUAUCGCCCAAAGUUCUUUUUGUUUCACGUUUUGUUUUGUUUUGUUUUGUUUUUUUUUCGAAGAACCUUCAUCGGACCACGUACGUACGUUUUGCUCGUACACGAGUUUAGCCAAAAGCCUACAUUAUAUAGCAACAGUAAAUUAUAUUUAGCCGCAGUGUAUAUUGGCAUAACACACGAUUUUACAAUGAACGAGAGAUAUGUUUUUGUAAUCUUAUAUAUAUUACAGACACGUGUGAGAAUAUACGUCGGUCCGGACAAUACACGAUGUAUAUAUUGUUAUUUUGGGGAAGGGGGGGGGGGGAGGGGUUCGAUUGCGCAAUUCGACACACACACUCGCCGGGCUGAAGUAUUAAGUUGAGGAAGAAAAAAACGAGAAAAAAAAACGAAAAGAAAAAAAAAAUACAACAAACAAAAACAAGAAAAUAAUGGAAACUUCUUUUUUCUUGAAAAGUGGAGAAACGUGAAAAAACGUUCGUAACACAACGUUUUAUCUUCAUUCUUAAAGAGAAGAUAAAAAAUUGAAAAAAAAAAGAAAAAUAUAACAGAUAAUAAUAAUAAUUAACACCAGAGAAUAAUUCAAUAAAACGGAUGAAAUUUACUCUUAGAGUUUAGGAAAAAUCGUCGUCGUUGGGUGUACGCACUAUUUCGUCGAGCGAAAAAAAAUUCAUCGAAUCGUAAAUUAAAAAAAAAAAAAAAACAAGAUAAAAUAUGACGCAAAAUGGGGAAAACAAAGAAUAAAUUUGUCAAUUAUUUGUGCGGAAUACGAUGAGAUUUUUAAAUUGGUUUUUUUUUUUUCAUUUAUUUUAUGCUUUUGGCUUCGACGAUUUUUUUGAACUCCAAAAGAAGCAGGUUCGAUGUACGAUUUAUUGAGGUUGUUAAACUAUUGCUCCGGGGACUGAUCGACGAAUAACAAGGAUUUUCGAUAUACAUAAUACACGUACUGCAUCCAUUAAAGCUUCUUCUUUCGUCCGGUUUGGGCAUCGAAGAAUCUUUUCUUUCGUUCGCAUCCUUGACCCCUUGCCCUUCCAUCCUUAAAGUUUUUUUUCAAACGAUCAUGUAAAAAUGACAGUUGUUCGUUCAGACCGAUUACUCGAUAUUGUCUGUGCACGUGACAUACAUUUAUAACGACUCGAUAUUUAGCGUUUAAAAUUUCCAAUUCGCAUAAGGUUAUGUUUUGUUUACCAGCUCCGUAAUGGCGAGAAAAAUCACUCACGACAAAAAAGCCUCUAGACGAAAAUUAAUUAUCAAAGAGCUCUUGCGUGCGUAUGGAUUCGUCAUAAUUUUUAGUGACAAAUUCGAAGAAUCAUACGAAUUAUCGAAAUGAAAUCGAAUGAAAAAAAUCAACGUGACCGAUUACAUACUUCGCGCGUCAAUCAAGCACUGUCUACUACCAUCUUUCUUUUUAUUCUCCCCUUUUUGUCUUGUCAAGUUACUUUUUUCACCUGACAAGUUAUCAUUUUUUGACAAAUAAAUCCAUGUAUAAUAAUCGCCAGUAUUAUUUCACAAUCGAAAAAUUACGUUAUUAUGAUCAUUUCUUGAUUUGGUUAUAUCUACAGAAAACACAAGAAAAAAUAAUGAAUAUAUAUAUACAUUAUAUGAAAACACAUUACGAUGAAAGGACCUUUGAUUCUCUCAAUAAAAAUGUUCUUGGAAUCA